AUGCAGCCGCCUCAAUGGGAGGACAACGCACCUCUGGGCAGCUUACAGGCAAGCCUGCAGGCGCCCGGCCAUUCUACAGGGGUCGCAGGUGUGCGAGCUGGUACCCCAGUCCAAAGCCGCCCCUGUGACACGGUGCUGAAAGCAGUCCCAGCUGCAGCAGGGUCCGGUGGACAGGGCUUGUUUGUGCUUGCAGGUGUUGCUCUCAUGAAGGAAUUCCUGACUCUCGUCGUGCUCUGGUUCUUGUACCCUCUGGUGUGGAUCCAGUCUGACACAGUGGCACCAGACCCGGUUUGGAAGAUAGUUGAAGAGUCCAAAGCAGUGGUGCCUCAGGAUAGCAGAGCACCGGCAUCCAAACAGGACUCGGCGCUACUGACCCGGCUGGCUGCGGUGGAGAGGCAGCUGUUCACCCUGAGUUCUCUCCGAGAGUCAGCGCUGGAGAAGGUGGACAGCAUGGAGAGGGAGCUGGAGAGAGAGAAGGAGGAGCGCAGCAAGCAGAGGGAGAGAGCCCUGACCAGCGAGGGGGUGACAAAACUCAUCCACACCGCCAUCGGAGAGAGACAGGGCAGAGUCCAAGAGGAGGAGAGGGAGAGAGUCAAGGAGGAGAUUAAACUUUUACUGCAGGACGGGGAGGAGAAGUGGAGGAAAGAGCUGGAGCAGCUUCAUCACAAAUCAGAGAGAGUUCAAACCGAGGUGUCUGAGAUGAAAUCUGGAUUCCAAGGCCGCCUGUCUGAAGAUCACACCAGGCUGCUCUCUGAGCUGUCCGGCCUGGAACAGCAGCUCCGCGCACUGCGCAGCGAAGUGACCGGACUGACCAGCGCCCAGAGCACCAUGCAGAGGGAGCUGGAGAGACUGCCCGCCACUCUGCACACCAUGAAGACUCAGGUGCAGUUGGAGGUUGGGCAGUGGCUGAAGCAGUACCUCUCCGAGACAGAGGGGGGUGCUGCUGCACAGCUGGUGGAGCGGGAGGAGCUGCAGGGGGCGCUGCAGGAGCUGGAGAGCAGGAUCCUGGAGAGGCUCUCUGAGGAGAGAGCGCACAGAGAGUCGGACACCAUCGGAAUGGCGCAGUCCGUCGGAGACACCUUGCACCUGGCUGGCGUGGGCGGAGUCACAGAGCAGGCUGUGCACAGGAUAGUGCAGCGUGCUAUUAAUCUGUACAGAGCUGAUGGGAUCGGACUGGUGGACUACGCCUUGGAGUCAGCAGGUGCCAGUGUGAUCAGCACACGCUGCUCGGAAACCUAUGAGACAAAGACCGCUCUGCUCAGUCUGUUUGGCGUCCCUCUGUGGUAUCACUCCCAGUCUCCGCGCGUGGUGAUACAGCCAGAUGUGCUCCCUGGUAACUGCUGGGCGUUUCGGGGGUCUCAUGGCUUCGUGGUGAUUGAACUGGCCUCUCGCAUUCGCCCCACUGCUGUGACUCUAGAACACAUCCCCAAAUCCAUCUCUCCCAUGGGCAAGAUCGACAGCGCACCCCGUGACUUUGCAGUCUAUGGGUUAGACAGUGACUCUCAAGAAGAGGGCACUCUUUUGGGACGCUUUACUUACAAUCAGGAUGGAGACCCUCUUCAGACCUACCAGCUAAAGGCUGAUCAGAUGGGUUCAUACGGACUGGUAGAGUUUCGAGUUCUGAGUAACUGGGGACACCCUGAAUACACCUGCGUCUAUCGGUUUAGAGUGCACGGGGAGCCAGUGAAGUAGCCCCGCCCCGAACCCGGAGACAACCGUUACAACACCAGACAGCCGGAAUGACAAAACAGAACAAAAAAACCACAUGCAUCUUUCGAGGCUUUGCAAAUGCUGCCGGAUCGAAAGCCACAAAACGAGAGAGACUUCCGAGAAAUAAAAUUAAACAACAAACCGUA